AUGCAUGCCCUCCAGUUGGCAUCUACCGGUCGCAACACCACAGAUCACCAGGCGCGGAUAGACUAUUUGCGGAAAGUGAUUGAGGGGUGGUUCCUUGGCGCCGACUUCUUCUCCAUCAAGAGGGAGAACUUUCAGAGUUGGGUCGCGUGGGCGUUCUUGGACGAGGAUUUGGCGUUGUUGGACAAGGAGAACAGGCAUCAGGUGGAUAAGCUCACCAAGAUCAUUGAGCGAGCUUGCGAGCAUUCCUUCCCGCCCGGGAACAAUCCCGACUUGAAAUGCAUUCGGCUCACUCUGGACGCCGUGCAGGCGACCCACCGUCCUCUCAUCUACUACAUAGUGUGCAAAUCCGUCAACGCCCUCUCGCACUUACUCCUGCGAGGUAUCGGAUUCCGCCUACGUGAACUGCAACGCAAGCAUGUGCCUGGAAGCGGAAAGCUGACGUACCUUUACCGCCCGGCCAAAGAGCCUAUGCCCGAAGGUGCUCUCCCUAUCGUGUUCAUCCACGGGAUCGGAAUCGGGUUCGCUGCAUACGUCCCGUUCCUGCUCUGCCUGCCCCGCAAUGUCCCCGUCUACCUCCUCGAAUGGCCGCACGUCUCCAUGCAACUGACGGAGGAAGUGCCUACCAUCGAAGAAACUAUGGCAUUCUUGGUCGCGAUGUUGGAUACGGAUCAGCAGGAGAAAGCUACUUUCGUCGCUCACAGUCUUGGCACGAUCGCGGUCGCGUGGAUGCUUCGGUCGGAAUCGCACCGCCAACGCGUAGGCUCCGUCGUCCUCCUCGACCCCGUCACCUUUGUCCUCUGCGACCCUACCAUCGCCUACAACUUCCUCCACCGCCCGCCGUCCAACUCCCUGGAGCUGAUCAUGCAAUACUUCGUCUCCCGCGAGAUGUACAUCGCCAACUCGCUCAGUAGACACUUCCACUGGAGCAAAAACAUCCUGUUCUAUGACAACCUCCCCCACCCACAAGAUGGUUUGAAACACGUCGUCUCCCUUUCCGGCGUCGACGCCAUCGUCCCCUCCCCACGAGUCAAACUCUACCUCGACACCUGCGCCGAAAUGGACGGGUACAGAAACCCCGUAGAUGUCAUCUACCACGACGAGCAGAACCACGGCGAAAUGCUGUUCCGCCUCCCCUUCCUCCGUCUGAUCAUGGAACGGAUACGUGAAGCGUGCGGGUCUAUCCCGUCCCAGCCGCCUAUGUCCGUAUCAGGCGAAUUUCAGAGCCCACCACAAUCCUUUGUGAACACCCCCAAAUCCGUAAAAUCGUCGCCACCGCAUAACAUGAAGCUCCGCUCGCACGCACGACGACCGGCGGCUUCUCCCUCGCCUGUGGCAUCCGUAGACGCCGCCGCUCCUGUUGUCGUCACAUCCACCGCCACAUCACGCGGCCGGUCCAACUCAAAGGCGCCUCGGCUGUCUGUCAUUGCAUGA